GAUUAGCAUCGGAACAAGAUGUGGGUUUUAUUCACGGAAAUUACCCGGCAAUGAUCGUUUGAUAUAUUUCUGUGGUUGCCAAUGAGACGGGUGGAACUCGAAACGCUGUUGAUUAAUUUGCAAACUCCUACUUCGCAGAUGGAAGGUUGCACACCAAUUACAAACAAAGAGCUGAGUAUUUGGGUUCAUGAGAAAAGUAUUUACAACCCAACAUAGCUUAAUCAAAAACACCUCAAAGUCAAAUUCCAGUCAACAGUUAAAUACGUACAGUAUAACAGGGUAAUUUUUUAGACAGUGAUAUUACUUUUGACAUGCAAAGUAACAAAUAAGUAGACGGCAAUAGCACGAAGAUUUGAAAUGAUAUGGAAGAAGAGUCAUUUCACACUCACUUCCGUCGUUUUUCCAGGCAAAACCGACCCAAAUCUAAUGAUAGAAAUCAGCCCAAAGGCAGUUCUACGCAACGGAAGAGAGUCGGUGAGGAUCUCAUUUGAGUUAAAUUUCAACAUAAAAUAUAUCAUAUAUUGGCCAUUUAAGGCAAUAUAUGCAUGUAAGAAACACGUACUUUAAACCCAAAAAAUUAAAAUGCUACAAUAACUUAAUGCAGAUCAAUAAAUAACGAAUCAAUAUUUGCUCAGGCCGGUGUUUCAGCAAAUGAUUAAAUGUACAUGGUUAAGAGGUUUAUUUUGGAGAUAGAAAAUCCCAUAACAGAGCUUACUUUGCUUUGGAAUUCAGAACCUUCCCUUGCAAUACAUUUGGCCAUCGAGGAAAUCCUGAUAUAGAAAGAAAGUAAUAGCUGACAUAUAUAUUUUAUUGUCUUUUGUCUAGAUAUCUAGAUAAAUAUUUCUUAAAUCGUAACCAUUUGAUUUGUAUUUGACAGUGGAACUAAUUCAUUAUUAAAAAAAAAGAUGGCUAUAAGAAUAAUGGUCAAAUGACAUAUUUGUGCUAAACUGAAAUUAACAUGUAUGUAUUAAUAUAUCAAAUAUAAAUUAACUAAAUAAAUCCCCCUGUGGGUCAACAUGAAGAUGAACGCUUUGGUUUCUCGCGAGAAUUCACGACAGUAAAGUCAUAAUUUGACGUGUCGAAAAUGCGAUGCAGAAUACGGCACACUGUGUGAUUGGUGUUUUGUUGAUAAACGAAUAACUGUCUUUAAACUGAGGGGCUGGUGCUUUCAGUUUUGUGGCUGAAGUUCUAUUUGAUGAAAACGUUAAAUUGAUAUAAAUUAUAACCACUGGGUUAAGCUCGAACACACGGCUCAUUAGCGUGUAUUCUCCACUGGAAGAAGAAAGUACACAAAGUAAAGUGGUUCUCCAGUACCGCGGCUCCGUGAAUCACCUGAUCCUGCCCCAGAACAGCGAUGCAGAUUACGGUCUUCUGCGCGCCGAGGGAUCGCCCAGAAACAACUUUCGCCCUCGAUGUUUCUCCAGAGCUUGAACUCAGAGACUUUGUAGCGCUGUGUGAACUAGAAUCGGGCAUCCCAGCCGGAGAGAUCCAGAUCCUGUACACGGAACAACCUCUUGUGGACUUAACUCGCGCUUUGGGCAACUACGGUGUGAAGGAUGGAGAUGUGGUUGUGCUCAGACAAGCAGACAGGAGACCCCCACCAACACAACCCGCUUUCCCAGGUCUGCCCCAUAUCGACUUUCGUUCCAUCACAGUGCCGGGCACCUCCUCUUCGGGCGGACAGCGUGCUGCGCCAAGGCAGCAACAGCAUCAACCCUCCCUGCAGCAGCAGCAGCAGCCGACCCCAUCCCCGGCCCAGCCUUCAGCCUCGCUCCCGCCUGCUCCACAGCCGUCCACGCCGUCGGCCUCCCGCGCCUCGGGCUCUGGCUCCUCUCUGCCGGGGCUGGAUGACCCGGCCCUGCUCCAGCAGAUGCUGUUGUCCAACCCUCAUGAGCUGUCGCUGCUAAAGGAGCGAAACCCACCCCUGGCCGAGGCACUGCUUAGUGGGGACCUGGAGCGCUUUACUAAAGUGCUUGUGGAGCAGCAGCAGGACCGAGCCCGGAGGGAGCAGGAGCGCAUCAGACUCCUCACUGCGGACCCCUUCGACCUGGACGCUCAGGCCAAGAUAGAAGAGGACAUCAGGCAGCAUAAUGUGGAAGAAAAUAUGACCAUUGCAAUGGAGGAAGCCCCAGAGAGCUUUGGCCAGGUGGUUAUGCUCUACAUCAACUGUUUAGUCAACGGACACCCCGUCAAAGCCUUUGUCGACUCAGGAGCCCAGAUGACCAUCAUGAGCCAGGCGUGUGCAGAACGCUGCAACAUAAUGCGUCUGGUGGACCGUCGCUGGGCUGGGAUAGCCAAGGGUGUGGGCACCCAGAAGAUCAUUGGCCGAGUUCAUCUGGCUCAGGUGGUGAUAGAAAGCAUCUUCCUGCCGUGCUCCUUCUCCAUCCUGGAGGACCAGCCCAUGGACAUGCUGCUGGGCCUGGACAUGCUGAAGAGACAUCAGUGCUCCAUCGACCUGAAGAAGAACGUGCUCCUGAUCGGCACCACGUCCACCGAGACGCACUUCCUCCCGGAGUCGGAGCUCCCGGAGUGUGCCCGGCUGGCGUACGGGCCGGACGGCCGGGAGGACGCGGCGCCGGAGGAGAUGGCGGACCGCGAGCUGGCGGAGGCGCUCCAGAGGUCCAUACAGGAGAGCGGACAGCACUGAUGCAUAUGGGGGAGACAGCUGGAGAGGGCCCGACCAAUCAGACACUGCAGAUGGACAAACUACCUCACCAGAACCCCAGCCAUUCCCAACGCCUAACCCCCUGGACCCACCGUCCCCCU